CUACUAGUUGGCAACACUGUAGCGCAAUAUUCCGUAUAUUGUGACAUUACUAAUUCUAAUUACCUUCCGUUUACUUUUACUUUUACAUGAACUAAGGGAAUAGCAUAGACUAAGGGUCUGUGCUGAGGGCACAGAUUACAAAUGGUAACAACAAACAAACUACAACUGCAAAGUGAGGUGCAUAGUGUACAUCUAGAGUAGUGAAAAAUUUGAAUAUUUGGUGAGAUUGUCCUAUUGCACAACUUUGUUGGGAAACAAGUAAAAAAAGUCCGUUCCUCUGUGAUCUUUGCAGAAUCUUGAAUACCUAUUUGUUGAAAUGGAUAAUCAAGUCAAAAGUGAUAAACAGGUUGGAAUGGAUAACCAGAUCGGAAUGGAUAACCAGAUCGGAAAGGGUAACCAGGUGGGAAUGGAUAAUCCAGUUGAAACUGAUGAAAUGGAUAACCAGAUCGGAAAGGGUAACCAGGUGGGAAUGUAUAAACAGGUGGAAAUGGAAAAUCCAAUUGGAAUCGGAAAAGAUAAACAGGUGAGAAGGGAUGAAAUGGAUAAUCAAGUCGGAAUUGAUAAAAUGGAUAACCAAGUUGGACUAGAAAAUCAAGUCGAAAUGGAUAACCAGGUUGGAAUGGAUAACCAGAUUGAAAAGAAUAACCAGGUGGGAAUAGUUAAUGUGGAGAAUCAGGUUGGAAUGGAUAAUCAAAUCGGAAUGGAUAAAAUGGAUAUGAUUUGGUUUUUAUUCAUGAAUGAAUGCGAGCAAUAUACUGGACCUAAGGAAGCAGCAAGUCAAUAUAGUGAUCAAGUUUUCUUAAAUGCCUUCUCAAAGUACGACACCGACCUCAUUGUUACUUGGCUUAGACUUGGAAACAGUCCACUGCAUAUAGCUGUAAUCGAAAAGAAUUUCGAGGUGUUUGAACACUUUCUUAGCAAAAAAAAAGGAUUUUCAAAUGCAAGGAACUUCUCAGGAGAAACUCCUUUAUAUAUGGCAGCUAAAGAGGGAAAUAUUGAAUUUGCUCAAAUCCUCAUUGAUAACGGAGCCGAUGUGAAUCUGUCAGACAUGUGUGGAAAUACACCUCUACAUGUAUCUAUUGACUUUCCAGAAAUCUCAUAUUUAUUAAUAAAAAAUGGAGCCGACAUAGAUGUUUUGAAUCUUAAAGGUCAUACCCCAUUGAUGGAUGCCGUGGGUUCGGAAAAUUGUUUGGAAACUGUUUAUUUACUUUUAUACUUUAAUGCAGACGCCAAUUCAAGUACUGUCGACGGCAUGACACCAUUUAUGCGUGCCCUCCAAACUGAGAAUCGUGCUGCACAAUAUGCUUUGCUUGAUUAUGUGACCGACUUCAAUGCCUCAACUGAUUGCGGAAAAAGCACUUUAUGUUGGUCCUUGACGGAUGAUAAUAACCCGUUAAGUGAAGAAAUAGUUAGAAGAGGUGGAGUAGUAGAAAGUUCAGCUUAUGAAUCGUGUUUCAUUUAUCCAACUCCUGAAAAUUUCAGAUUAAUUUGGAAAAACCUUCCCAAAGGGGCAGAAUAUGUUUCUUUAUCACAUUUAUACCUCUUGAGAACGCAUAAUGAUGAAUUUCUCAUCCAAGCCUACCUGGAUAUUAUCCUUGAAGAUACUGAUAGUUCAAUACUGAGUGUAUUAGCAGAAAAUAUGCAUUAUCAUUAUAUGGAGUUCUUGAUUGUCAGAUGCUCUCCAUACAAUUCGGCUCGAGAGAAACUUGCAAAAAUGAUAUGUCUUUUGUUGCAGUAUGGUUAUCGAAUAACUUCUGAUGAGAUUGAUACAGUUUUUAGACAUUAUGGCUACUGUGACUUCUUUCGAAUCUUACUAUUCAUGAAUUAUGAAGCAGAAUGGGGUGCUGUGAUCACCACAAGGUUGAUUUUUGAUAUGCAAAGUACUUUGGAAACAAUAACCCAUGAAAUUAUCCAAGAUAAUUCAUGUUGUACGCUUCACUUGAUUGAAGUUGUCAUAAGCUCCUUUCGAUAUUGGGCGUAUCUUCCUCUGGCCAAAGCUUGCCUAAAUAAAAUUGAUGGAGCUCAUUUUGCUGAGGAAUACGAUGAAUUUUCGAAAUUGAUUGAAAAACGUCCAAAAGUACCUAAGUUACUUGAAUUGGCUAGAAAUAAGGUCAGAGAACACAUUGUGGGGAGUCGUAAUCUCACUUCUGCUUGCGCUUAUUAUACAGUUAUAAACUCCAUGAACAUGUCAUCGGUAUACAAAAAAAUACUGAUGUAUGAGAAAGAGUUAUAUGAUUACUAAUAUAGGAAAACUAUAUAUAAUUUAUUAAGUUUUACGUCCACCAUUGUUGUUUUCUUGGUGGUGUCAUGAGCACCUAGAGAACUGAAACAUAAUAUUACUUAUAAUGCCAAUAUUUCAGAUAAGAUUUUCACUUUCUUGAAGACUGCGAUAAAACAUUUCAACAAUAACAAGAUAUUACAGUAGUAAUACAUGACGGUGUGCAGAAAAAUACAUCAGAAUUUCCAAAUUUAUCUAAUUGAAAGUGAAAAUGUUGUUCGAUCAAAAUUGUCAAUAAAAUAAAUAUAUCCUUUACUUGUCACACUUCCAAGGAAAAAAAUUAUAUAAUAUAGACUUGAAUGCUCUUAGAAACAUUUUUGAAUAUUAUAAUAUAUUUACGAUAUAUUUUAGCUUUGGGGAAAAAAGGUGGGGGUUUUAGAAGGAAGUAGUUUUCAUAUCAAAAGGUACAACUGAAGUACAGGUGAGCUAUGCCUUUCUAUAUUAUAAAAUUUCUUCUUCAGACAGAUGAAAUGAAUCCAUUGUGAUAUCAAGUAUAAAAAUCUACCUCAGUAAAAUCGGGUUUUGUAAUUUAAGUAUUUCUAGAUAAUAUAGAGAAAGAAUGCCGAGAAUUUACGACUGAUCACCCAACUCUAAUCGACUAUUUAAAGACUGAUAAUAAUGAACGUUUCCUUAUUUUUUAUAUCCUGCAAUCCUUGAGCAGAACUGACAUUUUGUCCUUUACACAUAUUUUUAUUCAUGUUAGCGUCAUUAGGAGAAUAUCUAAGAUCACCUGUUUAUGCCUUUUUACUCAACGUUAAAUGAAUUUUCUUUUUCUUUGAGAGCCUUAAGACAUAUUUUUUUAUUUUGAUUUUUAUUAAUGAACAAGUAAUUACAUAUCUUUCAAGAAGGUAAUAAAUCCAAGAGAUUUUAAUGUAAAUUAACAAUAGUUCAAAAGAAGAUAAGUACUGGUCAUUUUAUAGGCUUCAGCUAGUUGAGAUCAUAAAAUUCAUCAACCGUGGAAGUUUGUUAUACAAAUUCUUAUACUUUGUAAUAGCCUGCUAUUUUGUUAUGAUUAAAUCAAUCAACUAGUGGUUGAAUACAGGGUAAAUUGAAAAAAUAAUAGAUUUUACAACUAGAAAAGAUAGUUACAAAAUAUAAGAAGGAAAAAUAAAUGAGACCCAUAUAUUAAUGGGGCUCAUAAACCGCCCCCACUAUUUUUAUUUGAAUUGGAUCCAUUCUUUGUCUUAGAAAAGAUGUUAUAUCUGCUUCACAAUAUAAUAAUACUUGCAGUUAAAAUUUGAUGAAAUAAUUUUUUGGAAUCUGAUUUCAAUUAUUUCACAAAUUCCUGUGAACACGAACAGAGAUUUUAUAUUUCAUAAUUACAAUGUAAUUUGUAUUACUCUAAUACUCACAUUUUGAUUUGUUAAUGGUCUCAUUAAAAAAAAAAUAAAAACUUUCAUGAAGAAUGAAA